GCCUGGAAGAUUCUAUCCAGCGGAUCGUUGCAGCUCAGCUCGCUUCCACGGAGUCAGCGCUUGAGUCCACAGUCUCCAACAUCGUUCAGCCGUCUUUCUCAGCAAUGCAGACGUCGCUGCUGGCCAGCCUCAUCUCCACCAUGCGCACGGAGAUGUCGCCGAUGCAUACGAAGCACUUUGAGCACUUUGAGCUUGAGAGGUCCGUCGCGGUCUGCCAGGCGUCCUCCAACAAGAUCCAGCAAUGUCAGGUCAAUAUGCGGGCAACCUUCGAGAAGACGGAGGACUUGCUCGCAAUCGCGGAGGCGGAGACGCCACCGUGUUCCCUCCAGCAACUGGCAGACUGGGACCGUGCAGCUGAGUCCACCAUCUCCACGUGUGGCUCCCCCAGCAUCUUCAGCUCGGGUGCGCUGCGGGCGCUCAAGAUGGGCUGCAUGUGGAGGGAUUUCUCGGUGCUGCACAUGGAGCGCAACCCCAGGCCUCUCCAUCUCAGUGGUGGCAAGUCGCCCAAAGACACCCGUCGCGAGAUCCAGGCCGAGAAAUUGCACCGUAUCCCCACGGAUGCACGACCUGAAUUUCCAUGGCGCUGCCAACGGGCUCGAGGGACCACCGUGGCGGAGACCAUGCCAGUGCGCGGACUCAAGACCGGCAGCGAUGCCAACGAACCCAUCAAUAUCGAUUGGGACCCAGAGGCCACCCAGCAAUUCAGCAUCGACCACGAGCGCUACAAGGUACAGUUCGCCAAUAUGUUGGCCAGCCCG